GUCGAAGUUUGGAAGAAUACAUACUGCCUUUGAUGAUUCAAUCUCUCUCUGAUUCGGAGGAAUUCGUUGUAGAAAAAGUUCUCAAUUCUUUGACGAGUCUCGCCGAAUUGGGCUUAUUCCAAAAAAUGAAAUUAUGGGAAUUAGUUGCCAUCGUCACGCCAUUGAUGUGUCAUCCUGGAGUGUGGAUUCGUUACG